AUGUUCACACGCAUCACACCCACUCUCCGCGCGCUUCCCCUCCGUUCGGCCUCGCGCCCGAUCUCCACCUCCCUCCCCCGAUUUUCGGGCAACCACCCCCUCUCCCCCGGGCCUACCACCCCGCCCCAGAACCCCGCGACUACCCAAGGUCACGCGUCCGACAAGAAGGUCCAGAAGGACAUCCAGAGCCAGGCUGUCCAGGAAGGCAAGAACCAGCAUGCUCAGGGCGAUAAGAGCGCAGCGGGCGAGGGCGAGUCUCAGCCGUUCGACGCGGCGAGGAUGAGCGGGGGAGAGAGCAAGUCGGCAGAGGGGACUGGACCGUGGAAGGACCAAGUGGGCGGUCAGGCGGGUGGCAAGCAGGGAGGAGGAAGUAUGGGGGAGAAGGUGGAUGCGAGCGGGGAGAGUAACACUGCCAAGGUCACCAAGGCUUUGGGCUUGAAGUCCUCCCGCAAAUUCUCCACAUCCGCCCGCGCCUUCCUCCCCGCCUCCCCCGGCGGAUCAGGCAACACCAUCCCCGGCGCGCGCGACACGCACGAGGACGCUUCCAAGCUCCACGGCGAGCAGAACGAGCACCUCAAGCACCAGUCUGGCGGCAAGGACCACGCCGACCGCAAGGGGAACGCAGCGGACGAGCCGCACCUCCCGAGCAAGUCCAAGUCGGCCAGCCCGUCGGGAACGAAGCGGUUCCACACUUCGGCGAGGGUCGGUGUGGAGGGCAAGAAGUAUGCCGGGACGCAGGAGGGUGAGGCGAAGAAGGCGGGGUAUAGCGUCCCCUCCGAGGCCCUCCCACAAGGCAUCUCCUCCGCCUACGCGCCAUCCGAGGCCGCGCCAACCGCGCCAGCAGGAAUGAAGCCUAGCUCAGAGGUUGAAUUCUCGAGCUCGGCUCAGGACCCGCCGAAUGAUGUGCUCAAGCAGAAGGUGCUUAGUGGGGAUAUGCCGACGAAGAACCCGCAGCCGAGUGGGGAAGUUGGUAAGCAGGGAUUGAAGGAGGGGUGGAAGAACCGCAAAGCAUGA